GUUCCGUCUUCAAAGGCCCCAAAGAAAGCUGAGGUAACAGUUUCAACAAGUACCACUCUGACAACCCCCACAGAGGGAUUGCUGUCAGAACAGCGUCAGCAUCAACACACAGAUCUGAGUGAACAGACAUCUGUAACUUUGGACGAAACGCCACAACCAGAAACAUCAAGGACAGCUUCCCUGACUCACUCUUCAGCCCUAUCUUCUGGACGAUCUACUUCCGAAAAGGCACAUGUAGAUUUCCCUGAGCAACUGCAACAGAAUGAACACAUGACCUUCAACAUAUGUGAGCUCUGUACCUGCACAGAGGAUACCCUCUCCUGCACCGGUCUCAGUCCAGAGAAGAGACUCCGUAGAGUGCCUGUGCCAGGGCCCAACAUCAACAGGACCUUCACUAUACUAAAUUUCCAAGGAAACUCUAUUUCUUCCAUUGAUGGAAAUACAUGGAAGGCAUACCCUUGGGUUGAGAAACUAAUCCUCAGUGACAAUUCUUUGACUGAAUUACAUAAGGAUUCAUUUGAAGGCCUGCUAUCCCUCAAGUACUUAGAUUUAUCUUGCAAUAAGAUACAGUUCAUUGAAAGGUGUACAUUUGAAGCACUACCAUUUUUGCAGCAUGUGAAUCUUGGUUGCAAUUUAAUCACUGAACUGAGCUUUGGAACGUUUCAGUCCUGGCAUGGAAUGCAGUUUUUACACAAGAUAAUUCUCAGUCAUAAUCCUCUAACAACUAUUGAAGAUUCAUAUCUUUUUAAAUUGCCAGCAUUAAAAUAUCUAGACAUGGGAGCAACAUCAGUGUUGCUUGGACCAGUCCAAAACAUCCUCAUGAUGACUCUUGAAUUAGAAAAACUGAUAUUACCUAGGCAUCUCACCUGCUGCCUCUGUCAAUUUAAAGUUAUUAUUGAAAUCAUGUGCAAGACAGUCAAACUACAUUGUACCACUCAAUGUUCUACCAGUACCACACACUGUGAUGAGGAAGAGUCCAUAAGCAACACCAAAGGGGACUUCAUGAAGGUUUUACAGGCCCGAAAGACGACAACCAGCACCGAGCUAACCAUUGAAUCGGAGAACACCUCGCCAGAGAGGAACAGCAUGUCCCUUUUAGUGAACGAGCAGCUAGACGUGAAUGAUGAGAGUGAUAUCAGUACUGGGCUAAAUUACAUAGUGCCUUUUCUCCUGGAUGGGAACAUAGGAGAUUUUGAAUCAACAUUGUUACCCUUCGUUAAGCUCCUUUUUUCAGAUAUGCAAGAUGGAGCAAAUCCUCUGGAACAUUUGAAGAAUAGCACAAUUCCGAUGUCUCUACAGCUCGAAUCCAACAAUACAACAUACAAUAAGUCGAAAAGUCUCCAUUUUCUGGAAAGCUUGAUAAAUGCAGGAACUCAAGCAAAAGUUCACAAAGCUAGAAAGAGAGAGAAAACUGCCACGCUGGUCAGUUCCAUACUUUUCGGGCCCAAACUGAAACAUCAAAUCUUUCCGAAGAAAUUGAAAACUGUCUGCCCAAAGAGAAAGCACUUAGAAAAGGUGGAGGAGGGGGAGAGGAAACCACUGCAGAUGAGCAGCACGUUCAAGAACCCCGGGGGCCUCCAGAAGAGGCGCUUCAAAGAAGGGGGCAAUCAGCACAGCCUAAGGAAAGGGGAGGCUCUGCCCACGACGGGGAACAUUGCCCAAAAAAGAAGGCUCAGGCAGCCGGCCCCAAGAGAACCGAAAGAGCUUCCCUUGGCAGGGAGGCCCACGAAAUGGGUGGAAAACUCCUUCAAUGAAGAGACCUCCUCCAUCCAGGAGCACAAGGUGGUGUUCUCCAUGCCCCUGAAAGAGUUCUCCAUGGGAAAAAGGACUGCAGAAAGCACGAAUGCUGCAAAUGGGACAAACACCAGAGGCAUCACGGUGCCAGAGAAAACUGUUGGUAGCAAAGGCACCUCCCAUGAGAUGGAAGCCCCGAUGGUGGACAACCUCACGCCGACUGUCAAGCAGUCCAGAGAGAUGCAGUGGGAAUAUCACAACGUGGCCACGGACAUCGUCUCUGCCACACAAAGACCAGACCCAAGAGAACAACUGGAGAUGGAAUACAUCCAGCAGCUGUGGUCCCUUAUCCCCAACAAUAACGUGAGGAAGCUCAUUGCUCACAUGAUGCGGACUAUAAAAAUGGACUGCUCUGAGCCUCAGUUGAAGCUGGCAUGUGCCAAGCUCCUCUCUGAAACCGGCCUCCUGAUGAAGCAUCUCAGUGAGCAGGAGGAAGGAAAGGUUCCCAAGCCAGAAUGGGAUACGGACCAGUGGAAGACUGAGAACUUCAUCAGUGGCAAUACCAAAGGCCAGGAUGAACAGAAACAGCCAGAGGAAAGUGAGCUCACAAAAGAAGUUCCAGGAUAUGGCUAUAAUAACAAAUUAUUCUUGGCAAUAUCUGUGACUGUACUCGUGAUGAUAUUGAUUAUAAUUUUCUGUCUCAUUGAGGUAAGAACAGUUCAUUCAGACUUCCAGGAUUUAAUCUGUUCUUCUUUGGAUUAUUGCUUCAUAGGAGAAGUUCAGUGGAACAUGAGCCUCAGGCAGCCCCUGUGGUUGAGGGACAUGUAUCAGCCACUCAAUGCCACACGUCAGAAAAACAUGGCACGGAAGCUACACAACAAGGAUUCCUCAGACGAGGACGAGACUUUCAACAGAAACCAAGGGUAA